UUCGUCAUCGCCCAGCGACGCCGGGGACGGCGCUGGCGGCGGGGCCCGGCCCGGCCCGGUGUCAUGGCGGCGGCGGCGGCGCCCAGCCCGCUCCAGCCCGGCGACUGCGCUCCGGGGGUGGGCGCCGACCUGGCGGCCUCGGAGGUGGCGAGCAGCGCCCUGCGCUCCCUGGUCGGGCUGGCGGGGCAGCUUAACCUUGGAGAUGAUAUCGUGAAAGUUGUAAUCGACUGGAGCAAGCUUCAAAGCACGUCAGCACUUCAGCCAACAUUGCUCUUUAGUGCGCUUCAGCAGCAUAUUUUAUGUUUGCAGCCUCUUUUAGAAAAACUCCAGCCAUUGAUUAAAGAGGAAGGUAUAGGUCAUGUUGAACCUGCAGGUAAAACAGAAGGCCAAACUUGUGAAACAAGUUUAAACAUUUAUGAUGAUAACUCUCAGACUGAAGAAAAGUAUGCAAGUUGUGACUUGGGAGAUCUGAAGGAUGCUCAUAUUAAUUUUGAUCCAGAGGUGGUCCAAAUAAAAGCUGGAAAAGCAGAAAUUGACAGGCGGAUAUCAGCCUUCAUCGAGAGGAAACAAGCCGAGAUCAAUGAAAAUAAUGUCAGGGAAUUUUGCAAUGUUAUUGAUUGUAAUCAAGAAAAUAGCUGUGCCAGAACAGAUGCAAUUUUCACACCUUAUCCUGGAUUUAAAAGCCAUAUAAAGGUUUCAAGGGUAGUAAAUACGUAUGGGCCUCAGACUAGAUCUGAAGUAGCACAUGGGUCCAGUCACAAAGCCAGCAUACCCAUUCACGAUUGUGGAAACCAAGCUGUUGAGGAGAGAUUGCAAAAUAUUGAAGCACACUUACGGUUACAAACAGGUGGUCCUGUGCCAAGAGAUAUUUAUCAGAGAAUUAAGAAGCUUGAAGAUAAAAUCCUUGAGCUGGAAGGACUAUCUCCUGAAUAUUUUCAAUCUGUAAGCUGUUCUGGCAAGAGGAGAAAGGUUCAACCUCCGCAUAACUAUUCGUUGGCUGAACUCGAUGAAAAGAUCAAUGCUAUAAAACAGGCAUUACUGAGGAAAACAAAGGAAGGCAAGUGCAAGGAGUCUGAGCGGCUUCUUCGAUAAUUCAAAAAAAGUCUGUUCAGAAUCUUCAUCCUGCUUCACACAAACCCCAACCAUAGGACUUGAGUAGUGUUCAUCAAGGAUCACUUUAGCAAUGAAAACAAAGCAUGCAUAUGUAAGCUCAUUUUGGAUGAUUUUGAAAGCUUGCUUUCAGAAGAACUCAUUUAAAAACAAUCUUAUGAAUGAAAUAGUUACUUUAAAAUGAAGAAUGUUUUAGGAAUAGCAUUCUAAUAUUCUGUUCCCUUCUGUUAUAAAGGAGGAUUACAGUAUUGUUCUUAUGUGGAAAGUCUUAACCUCCAUACAAAAGCUACACUUCACAUGUAAUUCUUGGUGAUUGAGUAUUCAAAAGGGCUAUCUUUUGAAUAUUUUUCAUGUAAGUAGUUUGCAGAGACUUGUGAAAUAAAAUGAAAUGCUUCCUCAUAAGUAAACUGUCUUAGUAGGGAAAAAAGGUAUUACAAAAUUUGCACUAUGCAUAUUUACCUGCAUUUUUGCCAUAUUUGUUACUGUUUUCACAGCUGUUAGAAAGGCAGCAAAUUGCAUUUUUGCCAUAUUUAAAACAGAAAGAUGGUUACAGAAAUCUUGCCUGUGUAAAUAGAGACAGACAACUGUUUUUAGAAUCCCUCAGUGCCCUGUAAGAAUUAAAACUUUAUACCCUGCUAACUACCUAACUUUGUAAUAAACACUGUUCAAGAGGAGGUUCUGAGGAGUUGCUAGGAGGCACCAGCUUCCCUUCCUUCCAUGAGCAUGUUUAUAUCACUAAAGAAGCAUGGAUGCUAGGUGUAUAGCUUAUAUUAAAAAAAAUCAGACCUGUGACCACGUGCUGAUAUGUGAUUAUCAUUGCUUAUUUGUUUUUAAGUAAACAAUUUUCUAUUUAUGCCAUUUUUUUUAGUUUAUUUGCUGUCUCUGUUCCACUUUAGAAGAGAAGUAGCAGUUACAGAGGGAGCCUUUAUGGGGGAAGUGUACUUUAACUGCUCUGCUUACAGCAGUUGAUGACCCUUUAUUGAUGACCCUUUAUCAGUUGCUGUGACAGGUGUUACGAACAGCACUGACUGGACAGUCCUGCCCUUUGAAGAAUAGCAAGCAUUUUCUGUGAUUCAGUGCUCUUAUCUGGAGUAAAAUCUGUUGUAGCAAAUGCACAUAUUGCUUCUCUGUCGGUGAAUCAACAAAGGUGGGUAACUAAGCUGCCUGAGGUCUAGUCCCAGCUCUAGGAAAGAAAACAGUACGACAGUUAUCUGUUCAGAUUCUUAAUGUCCACAGAAGAGAGUGCCCCUGGCAGUCAUGACUGCAUCAAAUACAACAGGAGGUACAAAGAAGUACUUUCACAGUUUGAAGACUGGGACCUGCCUAUGCACAAGACCAUUGCUCAGGUUGUAUGCUACAACUUAAUACAGCAUCAGACAUAGGCUACUUGUGUUACUCUGUUGCCAUUGUCCUAAGCCCUAGCAGCUCAUGCAGAGGAGUAUUUUGGUGAAGAAAUACCCUGAGCUGCAGCUUUUACCUCAAGUAGGUAACUGUUAGGUGCUCCCUGCAAUGCAUUUCCUUGUAUUGCAUCUAAAGAUUGGGAAGCUCAAAGGCUGUAGUGUAGAGAUAACUGGGCCAGGCACCAUGCACUUCACACAGUGGUGCUUGAAAGAGUGGUGUGAGGUGGUAGUUAAAACUGGGAACAGGGAGGAUGACUGCAGCAACUUCGCUUUUAUAAAGCAAUAUCCUCUAGUUACAUGCAGCAUAAUUCAAGUACACUUGGGACAUGGUAUUUAACUCUAUUGCAUUUGCACUAUGCAGUUUGCUCUGGAAAAUUAGAGUGCAGCCCUAGAGGAGACUAACCUGGGUCAAGAUUUGUCUCAACUUAUUUGCUGUUUACAUUAAAGCAAGUGCAUAUGUAUUUGUUUUUUAUAUGUAUAUACAGACAUGGGGGGGAACCUUAAGUCUUCAUCGGGGGUCAGUUCUUGGAAUAAAUUGCAAACACUGCUGAUUUCUUCAGGGGAGACUGGUUAAAAAAAAGACUGCAUUAGCAGUUUCAAAGUGGCUUUUUCUAUAGUGAAUUGUCUUGCUACUUGAAAGAUCUCUUGCCAUGGGAUUCUCCUUCUCUUAAGAUGGCAGCAACAUAACAGUUAAGGGUCGAAAGCAUAAUGAAGAUGCAUUAUAACAAGACAAUAGCUAAAGAGGCAACAGCAGAAGGACUCUGGAUGGUAAUUUAUUAGCCCUAUAUACUUUGUCAAAUAAAUGGUACAGAUACACUUGAAAAGCGUCAAGGUAUUCAUCUUGCUUUGUUAUUAGACCUCUGCUAUUCUUUGGUUUCAAGUUGUUAAUUUCUUGUGCACUUAAUGCCAAUAUGCAUGUACUAUAAAUAUUCUUUAGAAAGAUGUUCUCUGCUCUAAGUUGCACAUUAAAAGGAGUUGCAGAUUUCAGAACUUUCAGCCUGUUGGAAGUUUCCCUUUUUCUGCUAUGUGUAUACCACUUGUGUGCAUGAAGGGAUGGAUAAAGAGGGCAUAAAACAUU